ACAAUUAUAAGUUUUAAUUUAUGGAUGCCACCUGUACAGUUAUUUCUUUUCCGUGUGUGGAUAAUUGGGGAAGCCUUAGCAGCUUCUAUUUCAAAGUAAAUGCUUGCAGAAAUUGUGCCAUUACCAAAGAAUUAGGCAGUACUACAUACCAGUAUACACGAAGAUGCAGAUUCCCAUCUGGUCAUUUUUUGUUCUUCUUAUUGGGCUGUUUUCUAAAGAAACGCCACAAGUUUCAGCUAAAAGAAUAUGGUCAUCAUCAGCAAUAUUAUCUACAUCAAAGCCUGGCUGCCCAGUAAGAUGCGGCAACUUAACCAUUCCUUAUCCAUUUGGAAUAGGAAAAGGGUGUUACUUCAAUAAAUACUUUGAAGUGAGCUGCAUUAACAACACUGCUUCUAGUGAUAAUAUUGAAUUGCGAAACAUAUCAAUGGACUCCAUCACGGUUGUUGUUCCUUUUAGUCCUAAGCCCUACAACAAAUCAUCUGGAAAGAACAUUAACGGUGAUGCUCGGUCAAUCAGCACCGAGUAUUUCAGUUUUUCCAAGAAGAACAUUCUAGUAGCCAUUGGGUGUGACGUUUAUGCUGGUGUCAAAGAUUUAGACGCUAGUAGUGGAGGCAAUACUGUAGGUGGAUGUGCUUCUUUCUGCAGCAACCUCACCAAUAACUUUUCAUCUUCUUCAGCUUCAUCAUCUUAUUGCACUGGGAGUAACGGUUGUUGUCAGUCUGCAUUUUCGAAAAUACCAGGACGGUUGAAUGUGUCUAUUCAAACAAUGAACACGGAGAAAACAACGUGGGCAUCAACCAAUUGCACCUAUCUCAUAAUUGUGGAAAAGGGCUUUUCUGAGUCUAACUUCCCUCAAUUACUUGGUAAAUGCAAAGAAGAUGAUUAUUAUGUAGGAAGGGUAGCGGUAGACUGGGUAAUUGGCAAUGUUAGUUGCGACAAAGCCAUUAGAAGGCCAAAAUAUUAUGCGUGUAGAAAUAACAGUAGGUGUGUCGAUGACACUACUAGACCUGCUGGGGGAUACCGAUGCACUUGCUCUUCUGGUUAUCAAGGCAACCCUUACCUCCCUCAUGGAUGCCAUGACAUCGAUGAAUGUGCAAAUCCAAAAGGGAAGCGUUGUCCCAACAAUACACGCUGUGUUAAUACUCCAGGCAGUUUCCUUUGUGAGCAAAACAAUGUGAAAACUCACUCCAUGCUAGCUAUGCAACUCUCCUUGGGUAUUGUAGCAGCAAUUACUUUUAUAGUCUUGGUAGCAUUUUAUCUUUGGCUACGCAAAUGGCUCCGGAAGAGGGAAGAAAAGAAAGUUAAACAAAAGUUUUUCAAGAGGAACGGUGGAUUACUUUUGCAACAACGUAUUUCCGUAAAUGGAGAAAGUAGCGGUGGCUCUUUGUCAAAGCUCUUUUCGAAAGAGGAAUUGGAGAAAUCAACAGAUAAUUUCAAUGAAAUUCGAAUUCUUGGUAAAGGAGGGCUUGGGACCGUCUACAAAGGAAUGUUAUCAGAUGGAAGCAUUGUAGCUGUGAAGAAGUCCAAUGCAGUCGAUGAAGAUCAAAUUGAACAGUUUAUAAAUGAGAUACUCAUACUCUCCCAAAUAAAUCACAGACACAUUGUCAAGGUACUUGGCUGUUGCUUAGAAACUCAAGUCCCAUUAUUAGUUUAUGAGUACAUCUCGAAUGGAACCUUGUCAUCCCAUAUUCAUGGAAAUCUCAGUCACUAUAACCCUACUAUCCCAAAGCCUGAGUUGGAUGUUCAGACUCUUUCGCACCCAGCAACAAUAUUAUCGUGGGAUCAUCGCUUGCAAAUUGCUAAAGAAAUAGCAGGGGCACUUUCUUACAUGCAUUCAUGUGCUUCUAUUCCCAUUCUUCACAGAGAUAUCAAAUCAAGCAACAUAUUACUAGACGAUAAUUUUAGAGCAGUAGUUUCUGAUUUUGGAAUUUCGAGAUUUUUGUCUGUUGACAAGACUCAUUUAACAACACUAGUAGGGGGUACAUUUGGUUACAUAGAUCCAGAGUACUUCCGGUCAGGUCAACUUACAGAUAAAUGUGAUGUCUAUGCCUUCGGUGUAAUUCUUGCUGAGCUUCUAACAAGUCAAAGAGUUGUCACUUCAAACAAACCAGAAGAUCCAAGUUUGGUCAUACGUUUCACAAUGUCAUUGAAACAAAAUAGUAUAUUUGAGAUUGUAGACCCUGAAAUUGUAAAAGAAGUUGAAGAUGAACAUGUGAUUCUUUCUGUGGCCAAACUUGCCAAGAGAUGCUUAAAAUUUAAUGCAAGGAAAAGGCCAUGCAUGAAGGAGGUGGCAGCUGAACUUGAUCGAUUAGGAAAAAUGCAGCAAGAUAUGUCUCAUGCUGAGUGUUUACAAGAUAACAGUUCUCCAAAAAGUGAAAGUUCACAUAGUUAUACUUCUGAUUGUACAGAAGCAGACAAUCAGAACUCAGCGUCUCACAAUGAAAUGCAUUAUGACUGAAAGGAAAGUUUGUAACUUCCAUAACGUCAAGUUUUAUCUCUUGUAAUGUUGAAGUAAUUGCACGUAUGGACACAUAAUCAAAUGAAGAUUUAGCAUGUUUGCAUUAAUAUUAAGUUGUUGCUAAUAUGAUGAAACUUUUCCUAA